CUGCCCCCGCUCGUCUAGCUGCCGAGCCCGGAAGUGGAUGCGGCAGCUCGGCGGAGAGGACGAGGGGGGAGGGGGAAGUGCUUCCGGGGAAACGGGCCGGGGUUGGUGUUUGUAAACUUGCCUCGGUCCCGGUGGGGGCAGCCGCGGCUGCGGCGUUGGCAGGGUGUGCUGGGGCCUGGGGGAGGCGCCGCGCGGCCGGGGAGCCAGCGGGAGGCCGCGCCUGGCAGGUUUCUGGAACAGAUCGUGAGCUUCAUCGAGAGAAUUCAACUGGAAAACCAAGACUGGUAGACGCUCUUUUUCUUCAGACAAUAGGCAGGAGCCAGGCAGAGUCCAGGGAUUCUUGGAACACCUAUCUUUUCUUUGGAGGACACUAAGUUCUAUUUGAAGACAAAGUUCAAUAUGGCAACAGGACUGAUGGGACACGAAGGAGUCGUUACCGUGGUUUGGUGACAGUUGUUCAAAACGACAGUGUCUUAAGGAAAGGUGGACCAAGGAACUCCUGAACUUUUGGGUUGCAUUAAGUGAAAAAUCAGCAUGGCUCAGGUAAAAAAGCUCUAGAGUCCUCCUCCAAGAUCACUGGGAAGCCUGUUUGCAGUUUCACUCUUGAAUGCUGCUCUAGUCAACAUAUUGACCAACCCCAGUGAUCCAAGCUCUGUAUUAAGCACCAGGGGGAGAUCUAGAGGAAGGAAAGGAGACAGGCCACAGCCCCUGCCUUCAGGGAGCUUCCAGUCAAAUGAAGGAGGCAAGUCUCCUGGCUUGUGAAGGCCUAGCAGGUGUGAGUUUGGUUCCCACUGCAGCCAGCAAGAAGAUGAUGCUGAGCCAGAUUGCCAGCAAGCAGGCCGAGAAUGGCGAGCGGGCAGGUAGCCCUGAUGUGCUGAGGUGCUCGAGUCAGGGUCACCGAAAAGACAGUGAUAAGUCCCGGAGCCGCAAAGAUGAUGACAGCUUGUCUGAGCCCUCUCAUUCGAAAAAGACUGUUAAAAAGGUGGUGGUAGUGGAACAAAAUGGUUCUUUUCAAGUAAAGAUUCCCAAAAAUUUUGUUUGUGAACACUGCUUUGGAGCCUUUCGGAGCAGUUACCACCUAAAGAGGCACAUCCUUAUUCACACUGGUGAGAAGCCAUUUGAGUGCGAUAUAUGUGAUAUGCGUUUCAUCCAGAAGUACCACCUGGAACGCCACAAGCGUGUGCACAGUGGUGAAAAGCCUUACCAGUGUGAACGGUGUCAUCAGUGUUUUUCUCGGACAGAUCGAUUACUCAGACACAAACGGAUGUGCCAAGGGUGCCAGUCCAAGACUUCCGACGGGCAGUUUUCUCUAUAGGCGCAAGGGGCCCCCGGGUGGUGGGAGUGAUCAGAAGAACCUGCCGAAGAGCACACCCCCUCUGGUCUGAUGGUCCCACCAACGCCCCAUGUGAACCUGUCCCACUCCUGGAGGAGUGGACCCAGGAGACCAGAAGAAUGCAUCAGGGGACAGUGGCCCCAGAACCUCAGCUCUGUAAAUAAUCUGAGACUAUGAGUAUCUCGGGGAAAUUCUUACAGCAUUCCUGGGUAGGGGAGCUAGUCCCUGGACCCUUGGCUGAGGUCAUAGGUGGGGACUCAAGGUACAGGACCAAGACUGAAGUGUGGCUCCCACAACCUUGGACUCCAGCUGGCAGCUGAAAUGGAAAAGAUUGGGGAAGGGGAUUUGUUUGUUCUGUUCUUGUUUUUGUUUAUCCAAAAGCAACUUCAGCAGGUACACUGUGGACACAGGUAAUCCAGAGGUAUAAACGUCCUAGUCCAAAGUAGGGACUAUAGCUGGUCCAACUCUCCCCAAAAAUUGGGUUUUUAGUUGUAGCAGCUCCUCAGUGUUUCACAAUCCUGCACUUCACCUCCUUUUUGAGGAAGAAUAAGAUCAGGAAUGGCAGCUGAGCUUACUUUGGCUUCCUUAUACACUGUAGGGAUAAAAGGAAAAACGGGGUGGAGCAGACAAGGGCUGGAUCCAAAAAGUGGAUGGCACCUCUUCCUUCCUCAAGGGAAAAGGAAGAGUUGUGCCUGUGGGUGUUGUCAUGGCCCAUGUCACAUUGGCACCUGAUGGCAUCAGCUCAAGUGCCUUUAGGAGGAAACUUGGGUGAGAGUGGCCCGUGAAGCCCUUUUCUUCUUUUUUUGGGGAGUCGGUCUUGGAGAUGGUUUGUGGCUACCUCGCUGCCAUUGACUCCUAAAGUGAGACAGAUGUGUUGAGCAAGGAGUCAUGGAUGUCAAAGUGGGUUCUCUCUCCUUGUGCCCUCUUAGGAACAACCCAAGACUGGUCCCAAGUUGGCUAACAGCUGCUCAAGAAACAAAGGAAUCUGGGGUCUUCUGACAUGCCUGUUGAGCAGUAGGAGCUGUUCUCCCUCCCCAAGUCCUAUCACUGUAUUCAGGUAGAGGAGGUUGGGAGGGGUCUGUCCUUUGGUCCCAAAAAAAACAAGAUCUCAGCUUCCUUCCUAAUGGCCAUCCCUACCCAACAGAGUGUGGGGGAUGGGGGUGGGGGUGCUGCAGAGAAAAGACUAAAGAAACCUAAUGUAGGUUCCAUUCUUAACCAUAUUCUUUGCUCCGCUCUGCUCCAAUACCACCACCUUGUCCACUCCCAAAAAAGUAAUCAGGGGUGUGUGUGUGGAUGUGUGUGUGUGAGAUAUGAGUGCAUGUAUUUGUAUGCUUGCAAGAGAUGGCAUAGUAAUGAGCCAAACCUUUCUCUGGCCCUCACCUUCGGGGAGGAUGAGUGGAAAAUAGCCUCCUCUUGCCCAAACAUGAAGGGUGCUUGAGGUCUCAGCAGGAGCUGAAGAACACAAUUUAGGGAACAGAAGGGCUUUUGUUUUGGAGGGUUUUUUGUUGUUGUUUUUUUAGAUGAAUUCAACAGCCUGGUGGUUAGGGUGUUUCUAACCCAAGCCAGGGCUUGUGAACAUAAAUUUUCUAAGGUGAAAUACACCUUUUCUUUCUGCUAAAGAAAGAAUCCUUAUGGGAAGUUCUGGGGUUUGGUUGACCCCCACUGUAACCUGACCUGCCCUGUAGCGGGUAAGGGAACUAUCUUAGUAAUCAUGGAGACUGGGUGAACCUGAGUACCAAGCUGUCAGUAGGGUCUUUUUUUCCCAGAAAACGUAAAGAAUGGGAUAGCAGCAAUGAUUCCUGGCUGUUACCUAUUCUGGAGAGGUGGGGUUGGGGAGGGGGUUGUCCAUACCUCUGUGGUAUGAGUAUUUCAGGGAAAAAGAAAGCAGGCAUGGCACCCAUUCAGUUUUCCCUGACAGCAUCUGAGAUCCUUUUGGGGAGACGCUGAGGAGUGUGUGCUGCCAUGUACUCAUUGCUUUAUGCUGACACUCCCAUUUGAUGUGGUCCACAACUUAGACCUCAGUCCUUGGAUCAGCCCUGUGGUCCCUGCAAGCAGGGGCAUCUUUCUGCAUGUGAGCCAGCCCCCUUCCUGUUCAAGGGUUCUGCUGGAGCUGGGGUUUUCGUCCUUCUCUUCUGGGAUGAUUCACCCCACAUCUUCCAGCACCCUGUAAACCAUUUUAAAAUGUUUAGAAAACUAUCCUCCCAAAAAUGCUUUUGAAAAUGAGAAGCCUUUCUCCCUGACACUUACAGCUAAUCUGUUUGGGAUAGGGGUGUAUGUGGAGAGACUCACAUGAGUGACCUAUGCCGCAUGUGUACUAAUGUGUGUACUGGGUCAGAAGGUGCCCUGGGUUCCCACAGACCUUGGUUUCCUGCCUGGAUGGGUGGGAGCGAGGGAACUUCAGAGAGUAUGUGCGAACAGCCAUAGCAGAGCCACCCCUGCCAAGGACCCAGUGAGGGAAACUCAGGAGCAGGUGGUUGGUUCAGUUCCCGCGCUGAUAUCUGGGGCAAUGGAUGUGUGAGAAGAGAGAAGCAAAGCAGUGAAAGGAGUGAUUCAGCAUCCAGAGGGCCUGGGAGUCCCACAGAUACCCCAGGGAAGCCACUGACUCAGACCGCUGCAGAGGCCCCUGGGCCCAAUGCCCCACCCCUGCUGGCCAGCAUGGGGCCUAGCACUGGAAGAUGCCUCAGGUGUGUUUGGAGUAGGGGAGACGGAAAUAGGGCAGGCUCUCAAGAGACCAGGACGGAGAGUCAGGGAACCUGGGAAAGAGUAGUGCCAGUUCCGGGUAGGCUGCUGCACCACGCCCUACCAGCCCCAGGCUAUAAAGAGUCUGCUUUGCCCCAAGUCUUUUCCGUCCACCUCCAACAGCCUCGUCAUCACUUAGCUACUGAUUGCGCCCAUGGCUUGACAUUGGAGGGUUACAUUCGUGGAGUCUGCCACAGCUUCUAACCCUCUCCCCAGAUGCCCUUUGCCUCUGCUGUGGCCCUGGGGUUUUAUCAACUGUCCCCUUCCUAUCCUCCUCUCCACCCUCUUUUUUUUUUUUUUUUUUUUUUAAAUAAUAUACUUAUUUUGCUAUGGGGGAGGGGAAUAUCAAAUGGACAAGAUCACUUUUAAAUGGUAGUUUUUAUAAGAUGUUAUAAACUUGUAUCUUUUUACCAUUAAAGUGCAGUGUAUGUUCCUUCGUGAUAUAUUUAGGAUAUUUAAAUAAAAGGAAAAUGGGGCUUUUCUA